UACACACUGGUGCUGACGGCACCUACCCCGCUGUUGGCUCGAGGCUCUCUGCCUACCUCCGGCCGCAGGAAAUAAAUCAGUGGCUCGUGUCAAGAACAGCAAUAAGAAAAACAACAAUAACGACGGCGACGACGGCAACGACGAUCACACAGCAAUCAUAGCACACAGAAAGAUAACAAGUCAAGAUGGGCUCGACCACGCUCCUCCGCGGCUUCAAAGUCUCAGUCGCCGUCCUCGACGCCUUCCUCGCAGCCAACAAGGUUGACGAGACCUACGGCACCCCGCCCUUCUACAAAGAUCACCCCGACCGCGACCCCAUCUCGAAGCUCCUCUUUUCCAAGAUUGCUCGCUUCGACGAGAACGCGGAUAAGAACAAGUUUCGCGUCGUAAUCCCCUCCGUCGAGAGCCGAGAUAUCGCCACCACCGCAUACGUCACGUACGCAUGGGCGAGCGUCGUCGCGCAUCGCGAGGUCGACCUAGAGCAUGACCUGCCUGCUGAGCUUCCGAAAGGUUUUGAGGAGCUCAGGUCGGAAAUUCUAUCUUUUAGCGACAAGGUGGAGGCAAAGGACAGGAUUGCAGACGAUGGAAAGAUAGGGGUGUAUCUUGUUGUCACGUACGGGCUUCGCGGUCAUCGUGGUCCGCCAGAGGAUCAGUGAGGGGGCGGUUAUUGUAGAGGGAAUAAGGUGCCUAAUUAAUGAUGGAACUUCCGGUGCAAAGUUUUCCCCCUCGGUAUUGCGAUUGGUGUGGUGUCGUCUUUGAUGUAGAGGUUAUGCAGAGCAAGGGGCAACAGCAUCAUUAUUGAAGUUCAUGUCAUUAAGAGCGCCUGGUUUGUUCCUGAAUGCUUUGGGGAAUAAAGUUCUCUUCUGAUGUCGAGCCUCAGUCGCUCGAAACCGUAGCUUUGGAGUUGC